AUGCGACCAGUGCGAUCGCUUUUUAGAAAGUGCAUGGGGACCUUCUGCACAGUUCACCCACACGAUGGAAAAGGUCAACAGUUAAAUCCGUUGAGGUUCCCCGGCUCGGUUAUAUACGUGCAUGAUGAGAAUGUCCAUAAAUAUGAAAAGAGCAUAAUACAGUACCUGCAUACCGACAUCGUCGGGUUUGACACGGAGUUCGUUUUGGAGUUAAGUGAAGGCCGCUCUAACAAUUUGGACAGCGGGAAGGUUCCCCCAAGGGGUCAACCACUUACGGACGCGAUCCGCAGGAAUGGGGUGCGAAAUAGCAUUUUAUCAGGCGCAUCCCCAAACAGAGUAAAUUUUAACAAGGAGACUAAGUUAAAAGGUUUCACGGCAAUGUCGACAGAAGGUAAUCUUUUAAAGAGAAUACGCAGGAAGAACUACCCACCAUGCAGUGAGAAGAAAACGCUGUGCCUGAUUCAGCUCAGCGCGAAAAAUCUGUGCUUCGUUUUUAACAUUAACAAACUCAAGGGGAAAAUCCCCAUGUGCGUGAAGGAAAUUAUGGAGGAUGAAAAAAUAAAAAAAGUUUGCCAUGACAUACGAAAUGAUAAGGAUAUGUUCCAAGAGCAAGAUAUCCAAAUAAGGAACUUUUUCGAUUUAUAUGAUUUUUGCAUGCAGAAUUUUCUGUACCCGCCUUCAUUACAAUUCUUAGUUAAAUUAUUUCUUAAAAAGAAUUUAGAAAAACAUUUUCGCUUGUCUAACUGGUUAAGUCAUGACUUGAAGGAAGAGCAAAUUCUGUAUGCUGCUGUGGAUGCCUAUGCGUCGAGGGAGGUCUAUAUGGUUUUAAAGGAACUGGGCAAGGUGAAUCCGUCAUGUGGGAUGAACAUCCUCCGUGUUGUAAAUGAGUCGUGUGAUCUGCCUUCACAGGGGAGGACUAAUGUAACCUCUGCUGUGAUGGAUCCCCAUUUGAUGACUCCAAUCGAUAAGGAGGAAAACCCAAGUGACGCAAAAAAGCCUUAUGAUGAAACCCCUCAAGGAGGAGAUAGUAAAAAUAAUGUUUUGUCAUCGAAGGCGCAGCAAAGUAGUAACACCGAAAUGGUAGAUGAAACGAAUAGGAGCACUGCCGAAAUGCACACCUCUGUCACGACGAUUGAGCAGAGUGACACUACGCCGGGGAAAAACACCACCGGGAUGGAAAAACAAACGUAUGCAUUUUUUGGAAGACACGAGAUAAGCACAAUUCAUGAGUUAAAAAGUAAGAUUCACGUGAAAUGCGCCCAACUGUGUAACAUAUCCUUUGUUGAAGAAAUGGUGUUUGCAGGCAGUGGCUAUAAAAACCGGAUGUCCCUGCAGGACGUGGAGAGAGGCAGGUCCCUCAUCGUGCUGCAUUCGCAGGGCUUCGAUGAGGAAGUCAGGUGCUGCCAGGAAAUACUGAGUUACAUGGACAGCGCGGCGUAG